AUGAGCAACUCAGUGCAGUCUGAGCCAGCUCUGUGUGAAUUCCUCUUGUCAGUCUUACCCGCUGCCAUUCCACCACAGAACGAUAUGGCACCUCAUCUCCGCACCACCGAUAUCCACGCUCCUGUGCAAUUGAUCCAACGAGGGCAGGAAAGGAUCAAGAAGGCUCCCGUGGCUGUUAGUUUGUCGCCACAUCUCCUUCGUGUGAUUAACUGGCAGGAUCCGCUUAACGACCCUGUUCAAUGA